AUGUUUCCCCCCUACCGGUUAUUGAGUCAGAAAUGCCUCGAACUUGUGGAGUUACAGAUUGCAGUUUUUAUAGCCUUGGCUACAUCUUUGGCAUUUGCUGAUUUAAUACCCUACCAAUAUUUACCUCAAUAUGGAGCUGGCUUUGUGGCAAGUGCCCCCCUGACAGGAAGUAAUGCAGCCAACAGUCCUCUUAUCACUUACUCCGUUUCUGGGGCGUCUGAUGCUGCUGCCUCGGGGCCUUUGGUUUCCUACACAGCUCCAGGUGUUCAAUAUGCAACUUCUGCCACCAAUUAUGAUCUGGGAUUGCAAAAUUUUAGUCCCGCUGGUCCUCAUGCUUUGCCAUUUAAUCCGUAUAUGCAUUAUUUAUCACCUGCCUUUGUUUACCCUGCUCAAUCGACAUAUGGUGGUGGCAGAGGUAAUGGAAUAACUUCCACACCUGUUUCAUAUGUUCCUUAUGCCACCACGGGAGUUCAAUAUGCAGCCUCAUCGAAUAACUUAAAUGUUAUUCCGUUAAGAGAUGCUAACUAUGGAAUUUCUGCCAUAGCAGCAGCUGAAGCACCAGCAAGUUUGAAUUAUGCGUUAGCGCCAGUUACAACACUUCGCAGCUCAAAUGAUGCACAUUACCCAUCUCCUUCUAAGCCAAUUUCAUCAAAUUUAAUUACUAAAGCUGACAGCAAAUCUUUAGAAGGUGAAUAUGUUCCCACACCACCGACCGUAAUCUAUUCCUCAACUGAAAGUGUUGAUGAUUCAUUGAGUCCUGCAGCACAUUCAAACUCCGGUAAGGAAGAUUCAAGUUCAGCUUCAAUAUUGUCAAGUUCGUAUGUGCCCACUGCCAGUGGGGCUGUAAAUAAAGACAUUUCAAGACAUUAUAAAAAUUCUGCAGUAAGUGGCUCUCGUUAUGGUUCUAACAGUGUUCCAACUACAUUUUCCGCUGAAGUUUCAAAAACUCUGGCUUCAAAAUCUACCUCUUAUAUGAGUUUUGAAGAAAAUUUGGCAUCAUUAGACAACACUUCUAUAUCUGCAAACACACACAGCGAUAUAUAUAAUGAUAUCGAAUCUACUGCCUCUGCUGUAACUGACGAUGAUGCGAUACAUGAUUCCCAGACUGUAAGUAGCAACUAUGAGAGUGUUACUACAUCUUCUCUGGCUUCAGAGGCUCCAAUAGCUGUCGAAAAUUUCGAAGUUAAAAAUCCUAUACCAGCCCAUACCUAUUCAUCGAAGGAGGGCUAUAAAUAUAAAAUACCUAAUCAUCAACUGCGAACAUAA